AUGACAAUUACAUCAUACAUUAAGUACAUAACGAACAACUCACAGAGCAGGUAAUUCUGAUAACUCAUGCCAUUUCAAAUUCUUAACACUUGUUCUACUUGUCAGUCAGGAUUUAUUAACACAUGAUCUCACGGCAAAAAAAGAUGUACUUGUUAAACGAAUACAACUUCUGUUUGUGUCCUUCCACCUUUGUGUGAUCGUUUGUGUGCUCUUCAGGUUAAUUUGGAGAAAGUCGAGAGAGAGAAGCUACGUAUUAGCGUAAAAUUUCCCCGUAGAAACCAAACUAAGUUGGGGUUCAAGUUGUUGAAUGAAAGCUAUUGACUGAGAAGAAUGCCGUCAAAAAGAAAUCAUACGAUCACAGAAUAUCUAAAAUGUUACAUAUUCGCCAUAAAAAAUUUUUUAGCACAAUAAACGUAAAACGUCGAUUUUUUUCAUCCGGUCGUAGGAGUCCUUGAACUUAAAUCGUAUCGGUUAAAUCAAACCUAAAGCACUCAGGAACUAAUACAGUGUUUUGGUAUUCUUCUUUCUUUUCAUUCGUUUAUUUUAUUGAUUUUUCCAGGUCUACGAUUUCUGUCGCGGUCAGAUGGGCCUCCCAAUCCCAUGACCUUGCAUAUCUUCCCUGGGAGCGAGGCUCGGAAACGUUGAGUGUUGGUAUUAUGUAACAGGACAUAACAGGAAGUCAACAAUGACAAAGUUGGCAACAAAGACAACUUUGUACGUGACUUCCUGAAGAAAAUAUUUGCUAACUUUUAUUAGUCUCUCAACUAAGGAAAUGCACCCCUUUUUCUCCUGGAAAUUUUACAGCUCUAAGUUGCAAAUGAUGAGUAUUCGAAAUUCACGAAAUUCGUUAUUAUUUUGAAUAUACGCCCCGGGGGGUACUCCUGGGAAUUCUUGGUGGGGGUGUGCCGCCCGGUUCUCCAAUUUCUCUAAUUUUCCACACCCGCUUUAGGACCAGACCUCUAAAAUUUCAGACCUUGCCUUUAGGCAGAAAUUAUGUUAUCAUUAAUAAGAUUAGAGUGCAAACAAAAAAAUUCUUCAAAGCCAUUUCGAAUUCGCAUAUUUUUCUUUCUUUCUUGAGGAAUUGAAAAGAUAAAGACGUUCAUACAAUCCCGUAGUUCCCUCAAAAACCAUACCCGAUUCCAGACCAAAAUGGGCAAAUUGUAUACCCGUUUUCAGCCCAAAACGGCGCAAAAACCCUACCCGAUGGGGCGGCACAUACCUAUAUAGCUUAAAUAUAAGAGGGGAGUACCCCCCCCCCCCCCCCCCGGCACAUACUCAAAGCCGUUCUUGAACGCUGAACACGGUCCUGUCUGAUCACUUAAAAACUAGUCAAAACACGCCGCCCAAACAGGUUUGGCCCGCUACAUGGGAUAAAAGCCAGUGUCCAUGAGUAACAUGUUUAGUGAUCUCGCUCUCAAGUAAUAUUUGUGCUAGUGAGGUUCUUCAGAGAAGACAAAAAUACUAUGCCUAAGGUAAGUGGAAAAAGCGGUCCUCGGCAAAUUUUCAGCCCCGGCGGUACGUUGAAUCUUAGGCACAUCCUUUAAAUAUUUCCUUUUCGUUUUUUUGCUUUUAAUUUCUACCACAAAAGCGAGGAAUCUUAGAGCGCUUAGAUGCUGGCGAGGUCGUUGUGGGCGAUGGAGGAUUUCUGUUUUGCAUGGAAAAGAGAGGCUACGUAAAGGCUGGCCAGUGGACACCAGAAGUAACAGUAGAACAUCCGGAGGCUGGUAAGGAAAUUCUCUUUUUGGUUUCAAUUUUAAAAUGGAAUUGGAAUUAAAUAAUGAUAUUCAAUUUGUCCUGUUCUUGAACCUUCCUUGCUACUACUCUGAGAGACAGUUUGUGUAUACGGCUUUACAUUUUCAAUUUAAUAAUGUACCACUAAGCUUCAUUUUUAUUCCAGUUGAUGUCCUUUUACGACAGUUUUAGUCUCGGUCUCGCGCAUUUCAUUUCCAGUUGACAUUUUUUUUGCCCUUCGAUCGUUUCCUCUUCGAAAGUUAUGGUAAUCUAAGCAAAAAGCUAUAUUCCACUGUGGACAAAUUCACGGAAGAGUCAUUUGUAUUUCAAGACUGUUCAAAGUAGAAUAAAUGAGAACAUCGAUCAACGUUCGGAAGCAGAGGAGAAAGGCCAUUAAAAGACCCGUUUGAGAUUCAAAUUUUUCAACAUAAAACUGGGAAUGUCGUCAAAAUGAGAAAAUAACACCACUGAAUCUAUUUCAUAUUGCGUGAGAUAAAAUCAAAACAAAACCAUGUUUGCAUGGCCAGACUGACAAGGCAAGCCAGUUUUAACCCGUAAAACUAGUUUCAGUAGCCAAAAAAAAUUGAAUAAUUCAACUAACCGCAGUUUUACUUUGAUAUUUUGGCAAGGCUUGACAUGUCAUGUUUGUAAAGGCAAAGAUAUACAAAUUGUCAACUAGUAAUGAUAUUUUUUCAUGCCUGGCCUGGCAAAUUAGUGAAAGUUUUCUGUCUUUUCCAUGAUACGUCUCCAUUUCCUCCAAUUUACUCGUCUGAAGUAGUUGUAGUGCGUGAUGAAAGUUGUAAAGUUGAAGUGUUCCUCUUGAAUGAACACCUCAAAAGGCUGCGCUAUAUAAAGUAGGUGUUACAUAAAUGCAUCCAAAAUUAAGUCAGGCGAUUAUAAUAUAGGUCAAUAUACAGACAGACAGUCUGAGAUUCAUCUUGCAAGAGGAAUAGCAGCAAGCGGAAAUCAACUAAUUUUUCCCCAUAUAAGCGAAACUCUCUCAUUCUUUAUCCAUAAACAGCUGUUGUCUUAUACCUUAAAAUCCUACGUUAAAGCCCCCCCCGGUUUUAAGCCCCCCGGAUAUAAGCCCAUCCAUUUGCGCUAACGAAAAUAUUAUUCCGGAUAUAAGCCCCUCUCCACCCCCCCCCCGUUUUUCCCCAUUUUUCAUGCAUAACUGCGUUCCUUUUACGUUUCUUUACAAACAUCAAAAUUUUUAAUCUAAAGUUAUAGGCAUAAACAAGUGGCUGUGAAGUUUAGAACCAUAAUUGUUUUGGAGUAACAGAGCAAGCAGGUAACUACAAUCCGGCAGUUUUCCCUACAAAUUGAUAACGUUAAGGCUUGUAGUUUUUUCACUUUCGUUCCGGUGUUCCAUUCCAGUUGUUCCAGUCGCAUAAGUGUUUUUUAAAACUAUAUAUUUCAACAAAUUGCCCAUGGGCAAUUUGUUUAAAUAUGUAUUUUUUUGUUUCAUUCUUUUCUUUACUACUUCAUAGCCUUGCCGAAAGGAUCAGUUUGCCGUUUCAUUUUUUCUACAAGUUUAAUUGUACUGAUCCAGGUGUACAACUGAGAGAUCCGGCACCACUCAUUUGUUUGUUCCUGUGGACUUGCUGACAUUUUAUACAUUUUGAAGUUAUAUAAGCCAAGGGCUUAAACGUGGGAUUUUACGGUAAUAGGCGAUAGGAGCAGAUAUUUUUUUCCCGCCCGUUUAGGCUUUCCCUCGCCCCCACUAUCUAUCUGCCCCUGGGUAUCCGAGGAUGCACUGGCGCGUGUGCCGCUGAAGUUCACGUGAUUUCCAUGUGUAUUUUGUCCUGUUAAAGUUUCGGAAAUACCGUAAAAUUCCGAAAAUAAGCCCCUCCAUGUAUAAGCCCCUCCAAAUAUAAUCCCCCCAAACCAGUAACGCAAAAACCCCUCCGUUAAAUCGCCCCUCCAAAUAUAAGCCCCCCGGGGGCUUGUACUUGGAAAAUUCCCCUCAAAAAUAAAGUAUAACAAAGCAAAAAUGAUAGAUAUAUUCCCAGCUAUAAGGCUAGCCCAAUCGAUUUUGAAACGCAAAUUUCCCUCCGUAGAUAAGCCCCUCCGAAUAUAAGCCCCUCCAAAAAUAAGCCCCUCAAAAAGGGCGGGGCUUAUUUUCGGAAUUUUACGGUGGCGAAAAUUUAGUUCAAGUUUUGUCCUUUAAUUAGGCCUUUGUAUAUUUUCACGAGAGAAACACGACUCAAUUUACAAUUCAGAACAAAAUUCAAAUUUUUCCUCAAUACAGCCAUGUUGAGAGACCUCUUCUGGUGUAUGAAAACACUAUUAACUUGCAUACAUUGUUGUUAGCAUUAAACCCUCUUAAAAAGUUUAUUAAAAUUCAUGAAAUUCCUCAGAUAAUGAGUAUUGUCUGAGCAUUUUAGUAACUUUUUGGGGGAAGAAUGAACAUUUUAGUUGGAAAAAUGGAACAUUAAGAUAGAACAUUUUAGUGGGAAAACAAAAGCAUAAAUGUACAAAAGCCUAGUUUUGUCAAAGUUUACUUAUAAACAAUUAUUGCAUGAGGUUUUUGUGAUAUCCUUAAUAAUCAAGGUCAAGAUAAGUGCAUUUAUCUGUUAGCAGAUAACUAAGUAAUCUGAAGAUUGCACUGAUUUCCAAAAUUAACUGUAGGACCUUAGCCAAUGAGAAGAUCGAUAGUGCCUGCAAUGAAUAAUAAUCAAAAUAACUGUGCUUUGCUGAAACGUAAAGCUGGACGCUUCGAGUUUUUGACCGAAUUAGAUCAUGACCGUAUUUAUUUUUAUUCAUAAUGGCUCAGUAAAUUCCAAGGCUGACCCCCUUCCCCCGUGAUAUAGCCCUUUAUAUAAACAAAGUAAAAUUUUGUUUUUCAGUGCGACAGUUGCAUCGAGAAUUUCUCCGCGCUGGCGCUGAUGUUAUGCAGACCUUCACUUUCUACGCUAGUGAUAGCAAGUUAGGAAAUCGCGGGAACACGGCCUCUGAGAAAAUUGGGGUAAGUAACGAUAGUUUUAAAAGAUUUCUGUAGCUUUUAUACAUAGCCUUUUUAGAGUUUGUUUUAGCAUUGUUAUUUCUUUUGCGUCUUCAGAAUUCUCAUUACUUCGCCUAGACAUCCUAGACAUCAAGACGUUUUCAAUCCAGUCUCCAGACUGCCCCGCGUGCCGCAGCGUUCCGGCUUCAACUGCCCAGAACGGCACUGAAUUACAUGUUCGGGUUUGGAUAAGUUGCGUUUCACCUUUUUCUCUAAACACUUCGCGCUUGAUUUUCACCCCCUCUGAAGAAUAGUGAAAGGAGACGGAGAUGUGACGCAGUUUAUGUAUGUUUUUGGGUUUUCAGUGCACAGAAAUCAAUCAAGCUGCCUGCGAGCUCGCGCGUGAGGUGGCCAACGAGGGUGACGCGCUUGUGGCGGGAAAUAUCUCUCAGACACCAUCGUACAUGUCUGGCCUUGGUAAAGAGGAUGUACAGAAGGAGUUUCAACAACAAAUUGAUAUUUUUGUCAAGAACGAUGUGGAUUUUCUUAUCGGAGAGGUAACCUCUUCAUAAAACAUUUAUUUUUAGUACACUUACUUAACAAGGCCAGUUCGGCACCAAAAGAUCCGCGUCCUUUGACUCCAUGGCCCCGCAUGUUCCACAUUAACUCGUCCCCCAGGAUUUUCCUUUAAAAAGGGAGGAGCGAGCGGGAAAAUGUCCCUCCUCGAUUCCAAGAAAAACGCCCCUAAGGACGAGGCGAGGUUGGAGAUAAAUGGAGAGUUGAAGUUUUUACUGAAGCAGGUAAUCGAUACUUUGCUCGUUUUGAACAAGAUCGAUAGGUGCAGUGAGCACUUUUUCUACAUCGGCCGGCAACUAAUUUAUCGCAUCUGGUGAACCCUUGCUAGAUAAUCACACAGUACCUCUGCUUACUUACGUUCGCACUUAGCAAAAAGAAAUUAACACCACUUUGAUAUCCAGGUAACUACAGUCGACUCCCGAUAACUCGAACCUUCUAGGGAAAUCGAAAAAAAUAAGAGAUAUCGGGAGUUCGAAACAAAUAAACUAAGUGGAUGGGGAGGGAAUGCAAAUAUGCACCCCUCACUUUAAGAGGAGCAAGAAAUAAAAUUUAAGAUUGAUGUUUUGAAAAAGGAAUUAAGUGACAAAGCUUGAUUAAUAUACAGGGAUGGACAUUGAAUUUAAACUGAAGUGACAAAAAGUAAAGACAAAGAAUUGACACUGUUGUUUAGAAAUAAAUUCAAUGUUUCGGACUUCAGUUUUUCUCCAACUUGUCACGCGCCAAAAACACGGUUCGAGUUACCGAGGGUAAAAUUAAAGUAAAUGUAUGAGGGAAAACCAGGGGAAAUUGACUUUAGCUCGAGUCAGAGGGAGGUUUCCAGUUAGCGAGGGCUCGAAGUUAUUGGGAGUCAACUGUAUAUCAAAAGUGCACCAUACUUAUUAAGACUUCUAAGACAAAACUAUAUGUUUUUUAAGCUCUUUUUCUACGUGGAGGAGGCAGAAUGGGCGAUUGAAGUAAUGAAGGCCACAGGUAAACCAGUCGCCAUGUGUAUGACGGUAUGUACGGCUGGCGACCUGGAAGAAGUGCCUAUCGAUGAAUGUGCUGUUAGAAUCGCUAAAGCAGGUACAUGGAAUUUUUUUCAAAUAUGAUGCAUUAGUUAAGAAAGAUGUUACAUGGGAGUGCCAAUGCGGCCUCCGAUCCCGUAAUCCCAACCUACAUUUUCGCUCAAUCCCGCAAUUCCGAUGGUUUUUUUCAAUUUUCGACAAUCCCACAUCCCAAGGACACUUUUUCCGAAUCUCGCCUCUUGCUUUAACCCAUUCGCCCCUGAACCGCCUAAAAACACCCGUGCGCGGGAUUCGUUCUACCGCUUGUGACGUCAUCAGGUUUAACGGUCAAGGACAGCUUUGUCCGUUGAUUUGUGCAUAGUGAAGGGAUCUUUCCAUCUAUACCAGAAUGAGCACGAUUCAGUCGAGGAGACCGGAGAAAAAGGGGAAAAAACAUUGUAACAUUGACCCGAAAAUUUCCGUGUAAAUCUUGUUUCACCACCAACCCACCUUUCCUCUCAUCUGAUCCUAAGAUCCUACCAGCUUUCGCAAAGACUUUUCUCUCCAAAAUGAAGCCUACUUAAUACUAAAUGCCCAGCAAAAGGAAAAAAAUGAGGCAAGAAAAGCGAAAGAAGAUGGGAGAGAAAGCGAAAAGAAAUUUUGCUUUCUGUGCAUGCCCGAACUUCACAAGCAAAAAUUUUACAUCUGGAUCAGAAGGCCGCGAAGUGUACGAUCUUUAAACAGCUUUGUGGUGACAAGAAAAUCGCUCGACCAGCUUUAAAACGCGUUUUCCGGCAAAAUUCCCGGGGGGGAGGGAUAAGCAAAGUACCAGCUUUUUUUCUCACUUUUCAGCAUAAAACAACCAAAUCUGGCCAUUUACACCUGUAAUGCAAAAUUCGAUGACAAAAAUCGGCAAAGGGCAAUUUUUAGAUUUUUUGAGAAAUAUCCCGAAUCCGGGUGUUCAAAAAAGACAAUCUCACAUUCCAAAAAACCUAUUAGGGUCUCUCAUAUAAAUUUGCUUCGUUAAAAUCACUCUUCAUGUGACUGAGUUGACGCGUCUACUCAUCCCACGAGGCUCGAUUCAAGCUACCAGUCCGUUACCAUUCGUUCUAGGUGCCGACAUUAUCGGAGUCAAUUGUUUCUGGGGUCCAGACGUGUGUCUGAAAGCUAUGGCUGCCAUUAAAGAGGCCUUAGAGAAAGCGGGAUUAAAGCGUCAUCUGAUUGUUCAGCCAAUUGGAUACAAGACUCCGGAAUUUCUUGACGACAGCAGCAAUGGAGAGAUUAAGAAAGGCAUGAGUGGGCUGGCAGAGUUCCCAUUUGGUAGGUUUUCUCGAUGUUUUGUUCACAAGGAAAAACCAGCACUUUCAAGCUAACAUCAGCGAAGGGGCCGGCCCAACUUGGAAUGGGUUGGUGAUUCAAACGAAAAACAAGAGACUUUUCAACAAGGCCAAGUCAAAAUGUCAAAAGGAUUUUUCAAAUUAUUGAGUUUUCGUUAAAAAAAAUAAUAAUAACAAAAUACGCCCUUAGGCUAAAAAAUGUCUUGGAAACCAUAAAAACAGAUAAACGUUUCGACUACCAGGCUGCAGCAUUUAACAAAUGAGGAAAAGCAUGUAAAUUCAUGAAAUGUAGAGUAAAAAUUACGGUGCGAAUGAACUUACACACGAAGCUAUUUUAAACGAAUCAAAUGAGAGUAGUGUCUACGUAAUGGCAUUGAAUUUUAGUCUUAGAAGUAUGCCGUGACUCAAGGGCUACCCGCGCUCGGUAGUCACCUUUGUUGAUCACAUUUGCGUUUUCAAACCCAAUUUAGCGGACGUUGGAGACCCACCCGUGAUUAGAAAUACUGGACACCUUUUACGCGGUUUUUUGUAUUUCUAAUGUGUUCUCUUCAUUUUUCUUGGGGAAAAUCGCACGUAUAGUGUCAAUGAGAUCCAAGGUAACUAUAGUAACCUGGCUAUCAAAUGCGUUCUGCUUCUAGCCGGACUUAUUGCAGGGCAUUCAGCGCCGGCUUCCUCCUGAAUACAUUGAAAAUACUUUUUAUGCUAUCCAGAGUACUUUUAGGCCCUGUUCAAACAUUGAAUUUCACAUGUGCGGAACUUAAUUCCUAUUUUAGUCGACUAAUGACCUGCAAAUAACAAACCUCUUAUCUCAUGCUGUUGUCUUUUAGCGUUGGAGCCCCGCGUCCUUACCCGAUUUGAAACGCAGAAAUAUGCUAGGGAUGCAUACAACAUGGGGAUUCGCUACAUCGGAGCGUGCUGUGGAAUGGAACCAUAUCAUGUCCGAGCUAUCGCUGAAGAGGCAAGUUAAAUACAUAUCCAAGCAUAGGCGUACGGGCCGGGGGGGCGAGGGGGGCUGCAGCCCCCCCAAAUUUUGGGCAACUCAGACUUUUUGGGCAGCAAGAGAAAAUUUGGGCAAAGCCAACUUUUAAAGACGUUUCAUGUUUUUUUAUGAGUAUUUUGGAGAGAUAAAUAUUUUCUAUUUUAACCUGAAGUCGGCGUAACAAUCAAGUUACAUUCACUCGAGACAAUGGUUGCCAAGCACGUGAUGAGUUUCUGUUUAUAAGGGAAGGGUUUUUUUUUUAUCGUUGGGCACUGGGCUGCAAUGGGCUGUUUCCAAUCGGGAAUUGAUUAGAAUAAACUUCCGCCUAACUUUCUAGGAUCAUCUUCGCUCGUAGAACAGUGUAGAUAGAUAGAUAGAUAGAUAAUCUUUAUUUAUUCACGGUACAAAAUUCGUCAGCUUUAAAAAUGCCUAAUACUAAUAUAAUAAAAAUAUUUAAAUAAAAAAGCUGCUUUCCACGAAUGCCGUGCCUUACAGUUCUUUGAGUAAUCGUUUAAAUUGCCCAAGGGACUCUGCUUCCCUUAAGUUACAAGGAAGACUGUUCCAGAGAAUGGCGCCACUAUAGCUGAAGCUGUUUUUGUAAUAGUUUGUGCGCGGUAAUGGAAUAUUGAGUUUAUUUUCAGAGUCCCUUAGGUUAUAUGCGACUUCUCGCCUUUCAAAUUUAGAACUAAGAUAGUUUGGAGCCAACCCGUGCAGAGACCUGUAAACCAUCGUAGCUCUUUGAAAUUGUUGCUGGCAAGCUAGGUUUUUCCACCCUAGAAGUUUGAAAAGGUGACCAGCAUCUACGUCAUAGCUUGAGUAGGUCAAAACACGGGCUGCUCUGUUUUGUAGCUUUUGAACCUUAUUCCGUAAGGUUAUCCCACAGUUUCCCCAAACAAUGUUGCAAUAAUCAAAGUGUGGCUGUAUUAAAGCUUGAUAUAUUAGUUGUAAGGUCGCCUGAGGGACAAGGUGCCUUAUUCGUUUUAUGGCCCCAAUACCAGAAGCGACUUUCUUUGUUACUUUCUCGAUAUGGCCACUCCAAUCAAGUCUGUCAUCGAUGGUCACUCCAAGUGAUUUUGCAGUAGUGACCUGGCUAACUUCAAAAUCAUUAAUUGCAAAUGUCGGGGACUCUGUGAGAGUACUUAGCCUCUGCCUAGAUCCGAUAAGCAUAAAUUCGGUUUUAGUCAUAUUUAGAGUAAGUUUGUUUGCUCUCAGCCAAUUGUGAACAUUUUCUAAAUCUUGAUUUAGAUGCAACUGAAUAUUGUCUGCAUUAUCACCUGCGUACGUAAGGUGGGUGUCAUCAGCGUACAUCCUCGGCUCACAGUUUGAAAGACAGUUUGGAAGAUCGUUGAUGUAUAACAGAAAUAAUAAUGGACCUAAAAUCGUCCCCUGGGGUACACCACAACUUAUUAAACAGCUUUGAGAGAGCGAUCCGUUGAUGGAGCACAUUUGAGUACGAUUCUCUAAAUACGACUUAAACCAUUGGUGCGCGUUACCAUAUAUGCCGUAAUUGCUUAAUUUUGAUAAAAGGAUCUCAUGGUCAACUGUGUCGAAGGCCUUUUUGAGAUCUAAGAAAACAACGGCGUUGAUUUUACCGCGGUCAAUAUUGUACGCCCAAGUGUCCGUGGCCUCAAGGAGAGCCGUAACAGUUGAGUGAAUAGCGCGAAAGCCUGAUUGAUAUUUACAGAUUAUAUUGUGCUCUUCUAGGUAGGCAUAUAAUUGAUCAUAGACGAUUCUUUCAAAGACCUUGGCCAUAACUGAGAUCACCGAAAUUGGACGAUAAUUGUUUAAGUCGUCCCGAUCGCCUUGUUUAAAAAGUGGGGUGACCUUUGCGCAUUUCCAGUCAUCCGGAAAUAUGCCUUGACUUAUUGACUGGUUAAAAAUAUCACGGAUAGGAAUGCAAAUGAGAUCUGCACAUUCCCGAAUGAGCCUAGCAGAUAUCUUGUCAAGGCCAGCUGCCUUUGACUUGUUUAGACGAUUCAAAAGUGAGAGAACUUUAUUUGUACUGGUCGGAUGGAGCUGAAACCGUUUAUCUGUGCCAGUGAGGUACUUUUGAUAACCAUCACUAUUUGAGGAAUCAAUAUUGCUAGCAAGUUCUGGACCGAUAGUAGCAAAGUGAUUAUUAAAUUGGUUCGACAGCACAGUUGGAUUUGUUAUUGAUACUCCAUUUACUUUCAGAGAUGUCACCGAUUUUUUCCCAGAUUUUCGCGAAGUAAGUUCAUUGAUAGUCUGCCAGGUCUUUUUAGAAUCGCCCGUAUGCUUGUUAAAACUAUUUUGAUAAUAGGCUUGCUUGGCUAAUCUGAUUUCGCUAUUUACUUUAUUGCGUUGUUUUUUAAAAAGUGACCAGUCAUUUGAAUCAUUCGAUUUACUUGCUUUAAUCUUUAGAAUAUCCCGAUCAUGCAUUCGUUUCUUAAGCUCAGAUGUAAUCCAUGGGGAACUACGCGUGCGAACACGCAUUGUCCUCAAGGGAGCAUGCUUGUUAACAAUAGAUAGAAACGAGCAUUUCCAUUGUAGCCACAUUUGAUUGGGAUCAGUUGAAUUGUAUAUGUGAUCCCAACAAUGAGAUGCAAUAUCAUUCCGAAAAUUUAUUCGAUUAAAUUUUCGAAAGUUUCUGUAGGUUAUAGCAUUGUGCCCACCAGACAUUCCAUUCACGGAUAAUUUUCGAUAGGCAAAAACUAUGCUAUGAUCGCUAAUACUGAUAUGACGAACCCCGAACACACAACUUUAUCUGGACAAUUAGUAUAGAUUACAUCAAUCAAAGUUGCAGAAGUCGGAGUUAUUCUGGUUGGUUCAGUGAUAAGUUGCUGUAGACCAUAAAUAUCAGUGAUAUUCAUUAAUUUGCAUGUAUUAUUGUCAUAUCGAGUAGCAAUCAUGUCGCAGUUAAGGUCUCCCAUUAGAAAAUAUUCAAUAUUUUCGGAAUCGAGUUUCCCAAUUAAAGUUUCGAAAGGUGAAAAAAUACCAAUAGGAGAAUCAGGUGGUCUAUACCACGUGGCAACAACAAACGGUUUAGAUCUAGGUUUUUGAAUUUCCAGACAUAGAUUUUCAAGAGUGUCCAUGUUUAAAUCAUUUCGUAUGGUAAAAUUUAUUGAACUUUUCACAUAGAAACACACUCCUCCUCCACCGUUUGUAAUUCUAUCACGUCGAAUUAUAUCGUAGCCAGAGAUGUUGACCUCAUUGUCGCUAAUAGUUUCAUUGAGCUUAGUUUCAUUAAUCGAUAAAAUAUCUAUUUCGUUAUGCGCUAGAAGAAUUCUAAGUUGAUCUAUGUGUGUGAUUAAUUUAUUGAUAUUUAAAGAGGCUAAUUUAAAACCUCGUUGAGAUGGCAACACUGAGGUAGGCUCAUGAGAUUCCUCAGUAUUGCGUUUUGUACAUUGAAUAGGCACGGCAUCGGUGGAUAGCGCAUCAUUUCAACCUAAACUCAUCUGAAAGUUCUUAAAAAACUGUUGAUUACCUUUAAAAUUAAGAUGUAGUCCGCCCUUGUUAAGUUCCUUUUCGGAGAUGUUUUGAUGCUGGAUAAAUUUCCAUCCAUUCUGCCGGCAGUAGAACUUCAGUUGUUUAUUAACUGUUUUCACGGCUUCAUUGAAUCCGUCUCUUCUUUGCACGAGCUCAGAUAUAAUUACUGUGGCAUCGGAUGAGUUUUCAAUUUGUCUGGCGAGAUCUACCACUGAGCCGGCAACUUGUUGUGGUUCUUUACUUUUGAGAUCAUUAGUGCCCACAUGCAGAAUUACUUGGUCCGGUGAAAGCUCCAAAUUAGGUUUAAGGUAAUCCUUCAUAGCUUUGGUGGUGGCACCGGAGAACGAUUUAACCACCACCCGAUGACCAACGGCUUUUCCUAAACGUGUACCUUGGAUAUUCUUUAUCAUAGAGUCUCCAAUCAACAAGGUAGUACUUUCGUUUGCUGGCGUGGAAUUUUCCGUGUCAUCAUGGGCGUUGGACUGUGCUUCACUGAUCUUCUUUCUCCGUGUUUUGUUCUUUUUCUUUUUCUUUUUCGCGUCAACGGUUUGCCAUUCGUUUUCAGGAUUAGAGCUCUCAUUAGACUGGGCAUUAUCACUCUUUGAGUUUCCUUGAGGGGCAGUUACCUCGUAACUCUGAUUCCUCUGUUGUUGACGCUCUCCUACGUUCAUUUCCUGCAUAAUAAGCUUUAAUGCUAAUUUUAGGGAGUCGUUUUCCUGUUCCGCGGACGAUGCGCGGGUCUCAAGAGACAUAAUUUUCAUUUUCAGCGCAUUAAUUUCUUUAUCUUUGUUGCAUAAUGCUGCCUGUAACUUUUCACACCUCCCUUUCUGUUUCAUAAGUUCUUCGUUGCCAAUAUUUUCUUGAUUUUGUGGAUAUCUCGAUAAGGAACUUGUAUUAUCAUCGACCUGCUUCUUUAAUACCGUCAGGCUGUAUUUUAUGUCUCUCAGCUCAGCAAAUAAAGAAUUUUCUGAUCCCGAGUCUGCUCCAUUAUCCGUUGUCUGUUGGUUUUCAUUUUGGCUUGUGGGUCGAUUCGACGAAUCGGUUGUCAUCUCCGGCUUGUCCUGAACCAGUUUGAACAAUUUUUCUUUUAAAAAUGGACCAUCUUGUCCUUGGAAAACAAGAGUAAGUUGUUUCUUGAAGUACCAGGUUAUAACAAGCUUAUCAUUGCAACUUUUGAAUUGCUUAUUAUUUCCGCCGGGCGACGUCCACUUUCCUUGCUGCUGAAGACAAUUUUCAACAAAAUUCUUCAAGGAUUCUAAGUCGCUUGUCCAUAUUAACCGUUCUCCGUUCAGCUGGAGGUAUUGCCAAUCAGAACCAUCAAGUUUAAGCUGGUAUAACUCGGUGUCUGGCUCCCCAACGGCUUCGUCGUCGGAGCCAGAAAUAUCAUGACCUUCCGCCAUUUUCAUAACUAAGGGUUGGUUCCUAACGGAACAAGUAUAUAGAAUGAUUUUAUAAUAAACAGUAUUCCCCAGGAAUACUAUACUUAGCCCGCCGGAUACGACAGAUAGGAUCAGCGAUUGAUCUGAAAGUGAAGAAGUGGCUGACUAAUUCUCACUUUGAAUUACGAGAAGAAUCUUGAUGUUUUUUAAAAAAUCUAUCAAGUGGUUCAAAUUAUUCACUAAUUUGUUAAAGUAGACCGAAAUGUUUACAAAACCGCUAACAAGAGCGCCAUGAUACAUACUAAUGAAAUCCUUCUUUGUAGCAAUUUUGAAAUAUCACUCGUGAUAUAUGCCAAAUAUCACUACAAAUCAUGCUAUUAACUAUGCAAUGUACAAAUAACUCACACACAUUUUUAAAAAGAUUGAACCUACUAUGAGGUGCAAUUGCAUGUCAAAAGAGCUUCGUUUUCUACAGAUAGCGGCUAAACAACAAGAUUUUCCUUGUUUUACUGUAUUUCUAACGAUAAAAACUUUAUCCCAAACUAUCCCGAUAACGCUCUUACAGACUCCGUUUUAACUUCACAAACACCGAGGCGACUAUUGGAGGAAAAAGCUCCCGAGAACGAUUUCAUAUUGAGAAAUAAUGCUGCAAGUAUAAUAGGUAAUGGCGUCAUUUCGUUGCUAUGACAACUCCGAUGUCAUUGCAACCAAGAUCAUGACAAAUUUUCAUCUUUAUCUAAUACAACUGUGGUGGCAAUUUUUCCAAAUGUUUGUUUAUGGCAACGUAUAGCUUAUGCUCAAACUGGGCAGGUAUAUAUUGACCCUGAAAAACUGUAUUGCGGCACUUUCGUAUGCCAGUACGGCCUAUAUUGUUGCAUCGUAUGGCCCUUGUGUCUUCUCGACUGUUUUGCAAAAAUUUGGGCAACUUGCAAGAAUUUUUUGGGCAAAUGGUUUACCGCCCCCCCUGGCCGAAAAUUGCCCGUACGCCUAUGUAUCCAAGAGUAGGCUAAAAUCCUUACCUCCAAAGUUUGAGAACCCUACAAGAAGGCUAAACACUAGAAAUUUUUAUAACUCAUCUGUACCUAAGAACACAACCCACAUUAUCCGUGGGUUUAUGUAACGGUUAAACUGAACAAGCUAAACUAAUCGAUUUGAGUUUUCCCAUCGCCAUUUUUAUGCGACAGGGGCUGAAAGACAGCUUUCUAGCGCAUGAUGAAUAUGGGGAAUAAAUUUCUCAGUACCCUGUCAGUAGACAGAAAAUCGUGAAUUCUCUAUCUUUCUCCAGUAUCUGUCUCCAACAAUCCCCCUCCUCCACGCCCCUCAACAACCGCUGUUUUCCCUUAGAGGAAAUCUUCUCAGCAUAAAGAAUGACUGGGAGUAUUUAGUCAGUUAAAUUUUCGCCAAAUUUUGAUCGUUCAUGACCAAUUCUAUUUAUCUCUCAUUUAGCUUUCAGAAGAACGUGGUAAAUUGCCUCCGGCCAGUGAGAAGCACGGCUUAUGGGGAUACGCCCUCCGCCAGCAUACAUAUCCGUGGGUGAGGGCCAGGUAGGAUGCAAUCACACAAUUUCCACUCGAUAAACGCAACAGGAGACCCAAAUUACCUCCCAACAGGGAGAAGCACAACUCAGAGUAGGGGCGGAGGUAUUGAUUGAUACUGCAAAUACUCCUUUCGAAUUCGGGCGAAAUGCAUAGCACAGGGAACGAUAGUCGAAAAAAUGUGCCUCUGGUCGAUCUUGGUCAUGACACAGUGUACAAGUAAAUGUCAGCUGGUUGCAUUUAUAGAUAGCGCGGAGGUUUCCUAACCACUGGAAAAGUAUAAUGGGCAACGUACAACACAGCAACCCCCGUUUGGUUCAAUUGUCGUUUAUUCGAAGUGCUGGGGCGAUAAUAUGUUUUUCCAAAGUUAAUCAUUUUUCCCGUAAUUGAUUUCUACGAAGAACAAACAAGUCUCCACUGUAAAUUGAAAAGUCGACCAAAAUCGUCAAAAUCAAUAUGUAUUUUAGUGUAUUUUGCGGGGUUUAAAAUGGUGCUAAUCUGUAAAACAAGUCUACCCAGCUAGCAGAGUUUUCUUUCCGUAUAGUUUUUUUUUUUUUUUUUUUUCAAUAAUUAAAAAAGCGACUUUUUUACCACUACACACGUUUAUAACAAUCAUUUUGAACUAUUCUGUAGAAAUGUUCUGAUCCUCUUCAUCACUACUGCUUUCCCUCUCCACUUCUUUUGUACAAUUCUCAUACUGUCCAUUUACUGGCUCGUUGUAGUGCUGUUCCACUAGUUUUUUUUUUUUUUUUUUUUUUUUUUUUAUUUGCUUUACUUAACUUUAAUAAUUACAAUAUUGAACACUGCUUACACUGCUUACAUUAUUUACAACAUUCAUACCAUACUUACAAUACUGACAAUACUUAUUGCUUACAUUGCUAACAAUACUACUGUUUUCAAACAUUAUUACAUUUCGUAUGCUUCAAGUACACAGUUGCAUCGGAAGAAACUUAUUUAAGGAUAGUUGGCGUUAUUGAGGCAGGAUAAGCUACGGAUGAAAGACAUAGAGAAUAUCAGGGGGCGUUGGGAAUAGCGCCAUGGUAGAAACGAUAGUUUCUACGUGAUGUCGUGUAGGAAUGACCAUUGUUUGGGCAGAACAUUGUUUGCUUCUGCUUGUGCUUGUAUGUUGUAAAUUGUCUUUAGGUGUUUGAGAAAUCCUUGCAAUAGAGGUAUAGCUUCUUUGUUUUGCAGAGCCAGAUAUAGUGCCUGGCAAUAAGAAAACAAAAGUUGAUCUGGCGUUGAAAUUUAGAAGAGUCUGAUCUCAGGCCUAGUGAAACAGUCAUGUCUGCAGAGUAACUAUCGGGAAUAAUUUGGCAAAGUUUUAAUCGCGUUAUGAUGCUCUCCCAGAAGAGCGCCGUUUUGGGGCAGGACCAGAAAAGGUGUACGAGUUUUUCUGGUUCUUUUUUUACAAAAGGAGCAGUUGGAGUUUUCUUUUACUCUUAUCUUAGUUAAGAAAGCGUUUGUUGGUAUUCUUCUGUGCAGCAAUUUAAAUUGAAAUUCCCUGAGUUUUAUGCUUUUUGUGAUUUUAUGAGCUAGCUGGUAGGUCGCACCCCACGUUAUUUCGUUUUGACCUAAGUUGCAGUCUUGAUUCCAUUUUGCUGGCUUGUAGUAGGGGGGGCACUUUUCUUUGUAAUUAAUUUGUCAUACACCAACUUGCUUGCUUUUUUGGGCUUUCAUUAGUUUUGUCGAAAAGCUUUCGUAACUAUUACCUUCGUUUGUGUGGUCACCUUGGUUGAAUGUGUUGCAUAGCUUUUUAAGAGCAGAAAUUAUUCCACAGUAUGCCAAGGGUUGGACCUUGAUGUCGUAUUUGUUUAAAAGUUCUGGUGGAGUGAGGAAUUUUCCUUCUCUGUUCCUUAAGUGCUUAACUUUUGUGAUGCCUUUACGAUACCAUUCUUUAAAGAAAAUAGGGCUGUCGUUAAUCCUUACAAGUGAGUUGUACCAUAUGCCUUGUUCUGAAAGCUGGCUCUCUGAUGUUAUCCUCUCUUCAAAAUUGAUUUCUGACCAGAUUAGGAGAAUUUCCUUUAAGAAACUGUCUUGCGUUUUGAAGAUAUUAGCUAUGUCUAUCUUAUUAAGGUUGCUUGUGAAAGGUAGGGUACACUCAAACUUUUUCAGUUCAAGAUCUAGAAAAAGUUUCCAUUUACCCUGAUUAUCUGUAUCCAGGUACUUUUUUAUCCAAGUGGUUUUUAGCGCUUUAUUGAAAGAUAGUAUGUCAAUCAUUUUGAGGCCACCUGCUGGGUAAUUGUUAAUCAUAAUAUCUCGCUUUAUUUUAUCGCCCUUUCCGUUCCAAAGGAACAAGUAAAAAAGCUUGUUAAUCUCGCUAAUUAUUUUUGUUUGUGCACAAGGGUGCCAAGACGUACACAAUUUGAGAAGCUACUAAGCUUUUCAGAACAGUGAUCUUCCCACUUAAGGUUAAUCUACGGUAUUUCCAGUUGCUUAGAAUAUUGUUAAUUUUUUCCAGUUUUUCCUUAUAAUUUAGAAGUACAGUGUUUUCAGGGUCUGUCGUAAACCAAACGCCUAAAGAUUUUACUUUGUUUGUUUGCCAUCUGAAAUUUCUUUCUGGAAGAAGAAUUUCUGUUUUUCCACUAUAAGUUCCGAUCCAAAUUGCUUCUGUUUUUUUACUGUUGAGUUUGAGACCCGAGGCUUCUCCAAAAUCGUCGAGUGUGUUGAGAGCAGCUGAGAGCGACGUUUGUGAACCAUUUAAUAUUAAGGUUGUAUCGUCUGCGUAUUGACUUAUUUUAAUUUCCUCUUGGUUAACGUGUAUUCCUCUGAUAUUGCUGUUUCUUUUAAAAGCCUUGGCUAAGACUUCAACUGAAAGAACAAAUAGAUAUGGAGACAACGGGCACCCCUGCCUGACCCCUCUUUCAAUUUUAAAGAAAUUGCUUGUCCAGCCGUUGUUUAAGAAGCAGCUCUCUAUGUUGCUGUAAAGGCAUUUGACCCAGUUUACAACACUUGGGCCGAAACCGAAGUAUUGAAGAGAAUUUAUGAUAAAAGGCCAUUCAAUCGUGUCAAAAGCCUUUUCGAAAUCAAGAAAUAAUAAUAGCCCUGGGAUAUUUUUUUCUUUGGUAAAACGAAUAACAUAGUCUAUUAAUCGUAUGUUCUCGCCAAUAAACCUGCCUUUCAUAAAGCCAGUUUGAUCACAGCUGAUGAGAUCGGGAAGAACCUUUUUCAGCCUGUUAGCCACAGCCUUUGCUGCAAUUUUGUAGUCGCAGUUGAGAAGAGUAAGCGGUCUCCAGUUUUUAAUGAAAUACGGCUCAGCGUCUUUCUUGGGAAUGAGUUUGAUUACUCCUCUUCUUUGUGUGAUAGAAAGCUGACUCGUUUCGUGCGCAUAAUUAAGAGCGUUAAUCAAUAAGUUUGAUAUGUUUGUCCAAAAUACUCUAUAAAAUUCUGCAGGUAGCCCAUCAGAUCCAGGGGUUUUUCCCUGUUCCAUGGUUUUCAGGGCUGCAAGGCAUUCCCUUUCUGUUAGCAGGCCUUCACAGUUGUUCCGUUGUUCGUCAUUCAGGACGGUGUCGUUUUCAUGUUUAAAAAAAUCAUAUGUGUCAAUUAAAUUGUGUAUAUUUCUGUUGGAUGUAUAUAGAUUCAUAAAAAAAGAUUCCCCUUCUGCUAAUAUUUCCUGAUCCGAAGUAAUAAAGUUAUUUUCGUCCACUUUAAGUUGGCUUAUAAUGCCUUGCUUAUAGUGUCUCUUUUCUAGGUUGAGGAAAUAUUUCGUAUUUUUUUCUCCUUCAUUAUGCCAUUUAAUUUUAGCUCUCAAUAUGGAACCUUUCGUACGAGUCUCAAUAAUUCUUUCUAACUCACUCUUAAGAUCAUUCAGUUGUUCUGCAAGUUCAGAAUUUUCUGUUACGCUAGAGUCUCCGUUCUCCAUUUUCGAUUCUAGUUUGGAAAUUGCAUGCUCUAGUUCUGCCUCACGGCCCUUUGUUUUCUUAGUUUUAUUCAUUGCGUAUUGGAGCGAUUUUUCCCGUAUUUUAAGCUUAAUCAUGUCCCACAAUAGAGCAGAGUUUACCAUGUCAUCGUUUUCAUAUUCGUCUUGAACUUCCUUAAUCGUUGUCUUAAUAAGAUUAACAUAAGCAGUUUCGGUUAAAAGAGAGGUAUUUAAUUUCCAAAGGCCGGGUCCUCUGCUAUUUGCAUGAAGAGACAGAUCUAAAGUAAUCAUGGAAUGGUCUGUUUUAUAUCCUGGCACUAUAUCGGUGUUAGUGACGUCCCCAAUAACGCUUUGGCUUAUUAAAAAGAAAUCAAGUCUACAGUAAACCUUAGGUUGUCGUUGUCUCCAAGUGUACCUUUUGUCAUCUGGAUUGUGAAUUCUCCAGACAUCGAGAAGAUCUAGGUUCUCUGAAAUUUCUUGAACGGUCUUCAAGCUAUUUUGGUGAGUUUUGGCAAUGCCACCUUUUUGUCAUUUUCGAUGUUAAGAACAAGGUUGAAGUCACCGCCAAUUAUUAUGUCUUCACAUUUAAAAUUUAAAAGAUGAUCGUAAAAGUUUUGAAAGAAUGAAGGUUUAUCCUCGUUGGGAGCAUAGAUGUUAGCGAGGGUCAAAAGCUUUUCGUUAGCUUUUAAGUCACAGAUAAUAAAUCUCCCUGCAGGGUCGGUGUAAAGUCUUUGGAGCUGAAGGUUAAAAUUAUUGUUAAAAGAAUACAUACCCCUGCUUUGUUGCUUUCAAAAGAGGUGAAGUAAGCUUGAUAGCCCCAUUCUGCUUUCCACAAGUGAUUUGUUUUUUCUAUACAGUGUACUUCUUGGAGCAUGCAUAUUGAUGGCCUUUUGGCGCGAAGCCAAUUAAAUACUUCUCUUCUUUUAGCGUCAUCCCUAAGUCCCCUGACAUUCAAUGAAGUUAUUUUCAAAGUCACGAUUUGUUCAAGUCUUUUGUAAUAAACGUUGUCUCGACGGGAAAAAAACAUGUGCGCCUCAAUAAAGGAUUUGCAUUCUUUCUAUUAGGUGUAAAAUGAUUGAUGCAAAAGGUACUCGAUAUUUUAAACAAAUAAUGAAGACUAAAACGUGCAUAUAAUAUUAGACUGAAGCAAAUGAUCACAAAAGGUAAAUUAAACAAAAUAACACUUUGAAUAAAUAAAAAGAGUAGCGGAAAAACAAAAACAGAGCAUAGACAAAUUUGUAGUUAGUAAAAUUAAAUUACUUUGGCAGCGAGAAAUUUGAAUGGUUGAUAAGACGUCCCUCUCCAGACUUAACGUAGAUUAUUUUGCCUGUUCAGUUUAUAAUUGAUCUAAGUCCUCUUCGGAAAAAAAUUCUAACAGGGGAGCCAUAGGGUGAUGUCUUAACAAAAUCUUACCAUCCAAAGACCAAACACUGAGUAGAGUACCCUCUUGUCUUCUCUUGUUCGCUUCUUUCAUGAUUCUACGCCUAUAAGCCGUGAGGUUCUCGUUUAUAAAAAUACGUUGUCGUUCCUGUGCAUUUGAAGGGUAGCUGGGAAAUAGAUCUUUGAUUUUGACAUCCUUUAGUUUGGUGCGUUCUUUGUAAAGUUUCGAUUUCACUUUAUGAUUGCAAAAUUUCACUAUAAUGGAUUUGCCCCGAUUCAGUUUGUGUGAAAUCUCUAUUUCUUCAGGCUCUAUGGUGAUAUUUAGGGCUUCAGCAACCUUGAUGACCGCGGCCUCCGUACUGGGAUACGCAUCUUCUGGAAUUCCAUGGAUUUCCAGCGAGUUCUUUCGAGUGUAUUGUUCCAAAUCAUCAUGGUGUUCCCACAGUCGAUCGGAUUCUUCUUUUUGCUUUCCUAGAUUCUCCUUUGUUGUUUUAAGCUCGUUCCUUGUUGAGGCUAGCAUGUGUUUUAAUUCUUUGUAUUCGUCCUUGGUCUUUUGCAAGGACUCUUUCAAAUCUUUAAGCUCCUUCUCGUAGAAGUUGGCAGAUUCUUUUAAUUCUUCGAUUUCCUUCUUCAGCGUUCGAUUUUCGCUAAGAACUGCAGCUAUUUGGAUUUGUAUGUCGACCAGUAGAGCCUUGAUUUCAAGAAGGCUAGGCUCUUCUUGUUCCUUGCCCGCUUCAAUCGAUUCUUCAACAUCAAUGUUUUCCUCGGCCGCCAUGUUGGAUUUCUUCGGAUUUCUUGGUUCGUAUAGUUUUGACAUUUCGUUCGGUUGGUUCGUUUACAGCCAACGUUGAAAGCAUACAUGCCGAAGGACUCCGCACAUGCUUCUUAAAACCAUGCUGGCAAAAAAAACUCUGCUCGCAGGGUAAAACAGGUCUGACCAAUCAUUGCUACUGCUUUGUUUCAGAGCCCGUCGCUCUCAUUGGGAGAAUCUUGAGCCUACCAGCGGCCGCCCAUUCAGCACCGCUCUUCGCAAGAUAGAAACCCAGUGGGCCGAUCUGUCUUUGAGCAGCAAGACUAUGCAGCAGCAGAAAGUACAGACCACAGAAGAAGAAGUACAGCAGUUGGCCGCGAAACGCUCCGCAGUUCCGAUUAAAACCUGCUAGAAACGGACGCGAUCCAAACUUGCGCUAUUUGGGACGAAAGGAUUUGUUUUAUUCUUGGUUUUAAUUCAAUUUAUGCCUAAUUUACACUAGCAGUUCGAUAACUUUUUCUUGGUAUACAGUAAACGCUCUCGGCUCAAAAGAAACAGUGAUCAGAAACCUCCAGGUUGAAAUUUGGACAUGCCAUAUAAUGUUUAGUCUCUUCAGAAGUAACCCAAAGAAGAUGUUGGAUUUCAGAGUGGAUUUGCCUAAUCUUUCGGGGGGGUGGAGGGGGAGAUUGACUUUUGAGAGCCACGUGUAUAAUAUUAUUGUUUCUGAAGGAAUAAUUUGUUCCUUAAAACUACCAGGGUAAAGUUGUCAAACUUGCUAGACAAAAAGCAACUUUUAUACCCGCUUUUCAAUUCGUUAUUUGGUUAUUAAGUGAUUAGCGUACCUAAAAUGUGAAUAACGAGCGCAAAACCUUUGAUCGCUUUUCUUAAACUUGCGCAGCAAGGUCUAGAAGUGAAAUUUGAAAGCGAAUUUGGCUCAGCAAAGUAAGGCUUUUAUGUACAGACAAAAAAUAGACAGUCAAUCACUGUUUAAAAAGAACCUUUGUUUAAAGGCCAGCCUCUUUAGGAUGACUGCUUAACACCAACAGGAUUUUGACUUUAUUUGGUGCAUCUAAAUGAACGCAAUCAGUUUUAAAGAUUUCAUCGACAAACAAACCAAAGUAAAUGAUUAACCUUUGAUCGUUUAAUGUCUUACAUUCUGAUAGAUUGCAAAAUGCUUUUCAGAUGAUUUAAGUAAAAGUGUAUAAAAAUUAUUUGUGUAAAAUCCGACACCGGAAGCUUUGUAGAAGCUCAUAUUGCAAUAAAUUAAACCGCUGAAAACUUUUUUCAUAAGUUGAGUAUGAUCUUUUUAUACAUGUUGCUUCAGUUUCGUCUCUCAGUAUACUUUUUAUUUAGGCACGGGGAAGGGUGUUGGGGGUUGAGGCGGGGAGGGUGUGGGGAGUUGAGGGGAAGAGGGAAGACAAAUAACACUGGCGACGAACUGGCUUCAAAA